AUGUUUCUCUGCAAUCGAAUAGCCCUUCUCAUCCUCAUCGUCAUUUGUCUCACCUUUUCCAUUGAUGCAGUGCAAACGAGACCAGGCAAUGAGACCAACACGUAUGAUUAUCUAAUCGUCGGUGGCGGGGUCACGGGACUCGUCGUUGCCCAUCGCCUGACAGAAGACAAGAACAUCUCUGUAUUGGUCAUCGAAGCCGGUGGCGCAUAUGAUAAUCCCAAUGUUCGCUUACCAUACGCUGCAAAUUACCCUCCCAAUAGCUCUUUGCUAUGGGCAAAUUAUAUUUCUGAGCCGGAGCCGUUACUUGGAAACAAGACAUGGGAGGUGUACGUGGCUCAGGUGCUGGGUGGUGGAUCGGUUAUCAACGGUAUGGUGUAUGAUCGUGCAGCAAAGAUCGAUUACGACGCCUGGAAGCAACUAGGAAAUGACGGGUGGGGAUGGAAUGAUCUGUUUCCCUACCUAAAAAAGAGCACAGAGUUUAUCGCACCGCCUAAUGCGACUGCUGAGGCAUUUGGGAUCACUUGGAGUGUAGAUGCAUACGCCAAUGGACCUUUGAAGAUUGGUAUCUCAGAUUUUCAUUACCCGGACAUUACAGCAUACUUUAGGGCCUAUGAAGAACUGGGUGCUCAUAAGUCUGUUGAUGGCAACUCUGGUGAUGCAUAUGGUACAUCAUGGUAUCCCAACUCUAUGGAUCCUAGAACGGGUGAAAGAUCACAUGCGCGAAAUUCGUACUAUGAGCCCAUCAGCGAGCGCGAGAACCUCCACGUCCUUUUGGAGUCUGAGGCGAUAGAGCUUGUUUUCGAAAAGAACAUAGAUUUGACGGCUACAGGCGUUAGAAUCACCUCUAGGAAGACAAGCGCAAUAAGUACAGUCUAUGCAUCGCGCGAAGUAAUUCUCGCCGCCGGCGCAAUCAACACGCCCAAACUCCUCCAAUUGAGCGGCGUAGGCCCGCGCUCUGUCCUCAAAUCCGCGGGCAUUGCUGUAAAAUAUGAACUCGACGGGGUAGGAGCAAACUUUCAAGAUCAUCCAUUCAUGUUGAUGGCUUUCAACGUUUCAAACGUCAGCAACCCUAAUCCGCACUCAUUGAUAACGAACGCGACAUUCAACGCCUCAGCAUGGGAACAAUACCGCACCACUAAAACAGGUCCGUUGACGAAUGCCCGCGGAAAUAGUCUAGCAAUGAUACCUUUUUCCCAAGUCGACCCAACCAACUACCUAAACCUUACCCUAGCCAUGCUCAGCCAAAACCCCAGCGCUCACCUCCCACCCAUCUAUAAUAACAGCUCCAAGCUCCAAGCUGGCAUCGCAGCACAACGCAAAGUCCUCGCAGGUCUCUACACAAGCAACCUCUCUGCAAUCAUGGAAUCUCCCAUCUCUGCGGCCGGUGACUCUGUCCUCAUUGCGCACGAGAAACCGCUGAGUAGGGGCAGUGUAACAUUAGACCCUCUGAACCCCAGAGGUCCCCCAAACAUCUUCUACAAUGCUCUCAGCAAUCCCAUCGACAAGGCUGUUCUUGCAGCUUCCGUCCGAUAUAUUCGCCUCACGCGCAAAACCGCCUCCCUGGCUAAGUUCUCCCCUAUAGAGACGUUACCGGGGGCGCAAUUUACAACCGAUGACGGCAUUAUUGAUGCCCUGGUGGCCGCAGGGAGUGUGAUGCCCACGCUCGCCCAUCCGAGCGGUACGUGUGCAAUGAUGGGGGAGGAUUUCGGCGGGUGUGUGGACAAGAAGCUUAGAGUUUAUGGGGUUAGGGGUUUGAGGGUUGUCGAUGCGAGUAUUAUUCCCUUGGUGCCGAGUCAGCACCUGCAGAGUACGAUGUAUGCAGUUGGGGAAAAGGCUGCGGAUUUGAUCAAAGAAACUUGGUAG